AAGAUAAAAUCGAACUCUGGCAAAUGUACAACCGUGCUAGAGGGAUUUUGCAAUGGGAACGCACUCACAAGGCGAUUGUUCCGAUCUGUUAUGAGGAACAAAAAAAAAUAUCUUUUUGAUUUCGUGGUCUUGCUCUGGGAUCUGAAAGAAUGUUUGAUUAAUACGGUAAACAUGGUUCGACAAUUACAAGACGAAGAUAACGAUGGCAUAGGCAAGCUAUCGGGAAGACUUCCCCCACAUCCAGGUAAACCCAACAAAGAACAACAUAAGAAAGGCAUCAAUUCUGUUGAGGUUAAGAACGACAUGUCAAGUUCUCCCAUUCGAUCGGACUAA